AUACGUGUCACCAAUAUUUUAGAUAGAGAAAAUGCUUCACAUAUAUUCUAUUUACACUUCAUAUGAUUUCGUAGCAUACAAGCAGCCAUCUGCUAACGUAUUGCAAAUUUGCAAUCUCUUUCUUUUCUAAAAUAAUAUAAAUAUCUUCUUUUUUAGUUUAGCCAUGUUUACUGAAAAGAUUAUAACAUAAGUUUUAAUUUUUUCAUUAUACUAUAUGUAUUUAAGAUAAGAAAAAUAAAUAUAGGCAUUUGAGAAUAACAAUCGCUUCUGUGCUUGAUGGCUUAUAUAUGCGUGAAUUAUAUGUACGUGCAUUGCUUGCUUGCCAAGGGCUAAAUUGCAUGACUGCAUGCCAUGCUGCCCUAUGCUAGGUGUGCUGGCUAGUAGCAUUUUCCGCUGCAGAUUGCAAGAAACCAAGGCAGAGGCUGUCAUGCGCGCAAACGUCGAGCGACUUCUGAUUUAUUGUUAGAGAUUCAGACCUCAUUGGCCCAUAUCGGAGUCUUCUAGUUGGAUUUGACUGUAUUUAGCUAGCUGCCUGGCUAGACGACUAUUACAUGCACCGUUGAGUAUAUGUUGUUGGAUAUGUUAAGGAUGAGCUGAAGAACUUAAGUACACAACAUCGUUGUAUUGAUAAUCUGUGUGUUAAACUUUAGAAUUUUAGAAUAUAGGUAGGAGGUUAAAAAUUUUCACUGGUGUGCACAAUCUACAUCACACUAGCCUUUCACAUUUAGGUGAUCAUUUCUUUUGAAGCAUAGUACUUUUCCAGAACCUCUUCAAAUACCACAGGAUUCUACAGACUGCAUCAUGUGUCCACUCAAAGGAUCAUGCGUAUAUCUAUUUGCCACGCUUAUUGCAUAUGUUAUAUCUGGCCUUGUAUGACACAAGUAAUCAACAUCCCAUAAGUUUUAAAAACUCAAGCCAAUAUAAGGUCUUAUCCAAGGUUUGUACGGGCAAUUAGGGGCGGUAAGAUAAUUAGACUAGACAACUCUAUGACGCUAGAUUCUUGUAUAGGGCAAGAAUCGAGAGUCCUAAAGGGUAAAGUAGAGUUUUUAAGAGAGCGACAAUCAGUUGUACUGUUUUAGAGUUGUGAAUUUACAAUUGGCUUCUCCAGAAUCUUGUCCUCCUGUCGUAGUUGCUUCGACACCGUCAUCUAAGAGUUUCUACCGGGUUCAUAUUCUUUACAUGGUGCAAGAAUGUACCGUACUCGUAAUAUUUUUUUUUCAAGAUCCAAGAUCAGUGGUGCAUAAUUAGGUGAUAUAAAUCAUCAGUUUUUUUGUUUGCUAAGAUAAAUCUUCAGCCUAGGUUUGAACAACCUCUGAUCUGUAUGAGGACUGAUGUCAGGUCAAAGACAUAGGAGGCAUUGGCUGCACUUGGGUGCACUGCCGGCUUCGGACUGCGAUGUGCAAGUCGCCCCCAAGUCGCUUUCGGACCAAUGAUCAGACGUCGGAUCGACUCGACCUGACGAACGGAGUAGUUGUCAUGCUGCUACACCAAUCAAAGAGUCGAUGCACUCUGAAUCAGUUUCUUAUUAUGGUCUUAGCCGGCUAGCCCCUUGACUCACUGAACGAACAUGGAUGCACCUUUGGAACUGGUAGCCGUGCUAGCUCUCGGUUUACUCCUUGGCGCGCAGGCCGGCCUCGAUAAACUACUCGGCCAUUCAGUCGCUCUCACACAAUUACACAAACCACACCAGAAUCCUGACCCUGAGCUCGAACCUCUCAUGAAUCACCUCCAUCUCCACGGCCUUCUCCUCCUCCCCUGCAUCCCUCUCCUCCUUUGCGCCGCCGCGCCAGUGAUUGCUGGCGGCGGACGGCGCGAAGCACAAGCGCUACUCAGAUGGAAGGCGAGCUUGGCCGGUGUCGACGACUACGAGUCCCUCAGCUCGUGGAACCUGGCGGCCAACUCCACCGCCACCACCACCACCAGCCCGUGCGGCUGGGCGUUCGUCGCCUGCAACACCGCCGGUGACGUCACCGAGCUCAGCCUCAGCAACGUGGUUCUAAACGGGACGCUGGCCGGGCUCGACUUCUCGGCGCUCCCUCGCCUGGAAACCCUUGUCCUGGAGCAAAACUACUACUUGCACGGCACCAUACCGGAGGGGAUCGGCAACUCGACGAGCUUGGCUUUGUUGAGGAUCACGAGCAACAAGCAUCUGACGGGGUCGAUCCCACGCAGCAUUGGGAAGCUCAAGCAGCUCGCGGCGCUGGACUUGGGAUCUUUGGGGCUGGUCGGUGCGAUCCCGGUGGAGAUCGCCAACCUGACGAGAUUGGAGGACCUCAGACUCGACGGCAACAGUCUGACAGGCUCGAUUCCGCCGGAAAUAGGGAGGCUCGAGAAGGUCAGAUCGCUGUAUCUGGGCGGCAACAAACUGACGGGGAGCAUCCCGCCAGAGAUCGGCAACAUCACGGAGCUGCAGAUCAUGGACCUCGCGGACAACCAUUUGGAGGAGGAGCUGCCGCUCACCCUCUCCCAGCUUGUAAAGCUCACGGCCUUGUUUGUGUCGAGCAAUCAGCUCGAAGGCCACAUCGCCACACAGCUCGGGAACAAGAGCAGCCUAAAUCAUGUCGAAAUUUCCAGGAACAGGUUCUCCCGGCUGUUCCCACAGUCCAUUUGCACAAGAGGAGGAGCACUGCAAAAUUUUGCCGCAAACGGCAAUGGGUUUCAGAGCCUUCAUGAUCUGAACUUCCAGAACUGCACGUCCCUCGCAUCUCUUGAUCUCGCAGCAAACAAUAUUCUUGGGGACAUCACGGAGUGGAUCGGUACGCUUCCUAAACAACUUCUGAGAAUCUAUCUUACUCAAAAUCAGCUGUAUGGGGCACUUCCACGGGAGUUGAGUGAGUUUGUUCAGCUCACUGUUCUGGAGCUAGGUGAAAAUGAAAUUAGCGGUGAAAUACCUCCUACACUUGGAAACAUAACUGGUCCGGGAACUCUCAACCUGGGACAUAAUCUUCUUGCCGGCACAGUUCCUGCAGGACUGGGGGCACUGCUUGAAAUUUACUCACUAGAUUUAAGUUACAAUUAUUUGUCAGGACCCAUGCCUCUAACACUGAGUAACCUUUCUAACCUUGCCUUACUUGACCUGUCAAAUUGUAGCCUUACUGGUGAUGCAUAUGGCCUUCUUGUUGCUGACCAGUCCGAUUCUUCGCCAAACCUCUCAUUUCCAGAUAUUGAGAUCCUUGCCCUCGCCUCUUAACUACAUUACUGGCACCAUACCGAUAGUGCUUUGUAAGGCUAGCUAUCUGUAUCUUCUUGACCUGUCAAA